AACGUCACACAAAAGGAAACGUCAAAAUCGUACUGUCACUAAACUGUCAUUUAAAAUUGCAACCAACCAUAAUCCAUCUGUCUUGAGAUAAUUUUUUAAAAAUAAAUUCAAGACCAAAAUGAGGAUAUCCGCAAUUCGAUUUGCUAAAUUGGCACCCACUCUAAAGGAACUUCGUAUCCACCUUUGCCAAACUGGCGAAACAUCCAAGGGUGCCAGGGAGUUUGUCCAGAAAUUCUAUCCUAAUUUGAAAAAAGACAAUCCCGAAUUACCAAUUCUAAUUCGUGAAUGUGAAGGAGUACAACCUCGUCUAUGGGCACGAUAUGCUUUGGGCAAGGAAACAUCCGUACCAUUGACAAAUCAAUCAGCCCAGGACAUCUACAAACAAGUCGAAGCAGUUGGAAAGUAGUAAAUCAAAUGAAAAACCAAAAUAAAGAAUAAAAGAAAAAAAUGCUAAAUUAGUUUCAGAAAAUAUA